UUACCUGAGAACCACUUUCAUUUCGCAACGAUGUAAACAACUAAAUAAUUGAUAUAUAUAUAUACGUGUGCUUUCUUUAAAAACAGAAGAGAAAACGGAUAUAAUCGAGACGCACCGCCAUGGAACAAGCAGACUUAAAAGAACAGGCCAGAAUUUCUUUUGUCGGUGGCAAAAGCUUGUCAAAAGAAGAAUGCAUUGAAAAGGCCCUUCGAUUGACCUUUAGUGUUGACCUUGUUGAAGCAGCGCUGGCUCAGGUCGAGUUUUUAGCUGGAGUGAACCAGUACCCAUCUCUAUACGAAAUAGAUAACAUGAAGAACAGCAUACGUCGAUAUGAAAAACUCUGGCUUCCUCUAGCCGCGGAGCAUGCGCAGGAACGCCUAGCGGCGCCGCUUGACAUUGAAUGGGUGUGGCACUGCCAUCUACUCUGUCCCUUGGUGUAUGAAAAAGACUGCCAAUCAUUGUUCCGAACCACUGUCAAUCACCGAUUGUUCAGAUCUGCUGACAGAGAGCAUGCGCUGAAGCGAUCCAAACAUCUGUGGGAAGCAAAAUACAAAAACGAACCUUUUGAAAUAGAUCUAACGAACGACAAAAUGAAGGAAGGUUCUACUAAAACUGACUUCGAGUCUAGGAUUACAUACGACAUAAAUGGAGCCAUUUCUCGCCAGCGACAUUUUUACUACAACGUCUCUCUCCCACACUAUCGAGACAUGUGCUUCCUGACGCUAGCAAUGCACCGAUACCAACAGUUCUUAUUUCUCCGCAAAAACUCCUAUAAGCUCUUCAUUGUUCCGUGCUACGAUCAGGAUUUGAUGUGGCACACCCAUCAGUUACAUCCUCUGGCUUACAAAGAGGACACAAUACGUAUCCUUGGCAAAGUGCUUCCCCAUGAUGAUACAACCGUAGAUAGAUCCCCAGAUUCGAAACUUACGCUGUCCACAAUCGACACUAGCCGGUUAUGGCUUGAAAUGUACAAAGAGGGUUUCAACACCCCAGGGGCCAUGUACCGGGGUAAAGAACCCGAGGAACUGUACAGCCUCCCAGAUCCUCUUUGCAACAAGGCUGACUUGAGAACUGGGCGACAGUUUACACUAGAGUCGAUGUCUAUUGACAGAAUUCCUGACGGUGAAUAUGGUCUCGAUUUUACUUUGCAAAUUUUCUUGGUCGACGAUUUCAGGAAGAUUUCUAAGCCGCUGUUCGAAGUAUUCGGACCAUCCAUGCUUUGGACAACCGAUGAUUUGUUUUCCCGUGAAUUAGAAUCCCAGCGCUGGCUGGUCUUUCGAUUAAAAAUAAGAAAAGGAACUAUUUUCUCUCGCGAAGUAACAGUGGGCAUUGGCAAAGUGGACCUCCAGAAAUUACUAGAUCGCUCCACUGUUUUCCGUUUUCACGACACAGUAUCCUUAGAAGGAGAUGACAAGAACUGUGUUUACAUUUCUGGGUGUAUUGCUGAUACUUAUACGAACAGGUCGUAUUCGCUUGUUUCUGGUGAUUUCUCCGUAUGCAGUGUGCCUCAUGACACCGAUGCCUUGUUUUCAAUCGAACCAACAAAGCUAGACCCGCAGUCAUGCGGAGCAGGUUAUAUUGCUCAACACAGGUUUAUCGGAAAAGAUGGCGCCGGUGAUGUGGAAUGUAGAUUUGUGUACAGUCCUCAUCGAUCGAAUGCUGAUAUUCAGUUCAUACAAAAUGACAGAAUUGUGUGCUCUGCAAAGACAGUAGAUUCCACCCAUUUGCCUCUUUCGUUCCAGGUAUCCAACCCCAACUGGUUCGCCACUUGGGAUCCACGCCUUGGGGAGCGGGCCGUGAUGAUUCGACAAGCUUCCGGCGACUGGGGGGUUCUAACAGGGCGCUGGCUUUCUUCGCCGAACGAAACCGAUGGUUAUCUUUCGGUGAAAUUCCACAAGUUGGUCGAUAGAAGUACCCAGUUUAUCAAUAUCCCAAUUCCCAAAACCAAGGGCGGCCAUUUUGACAUUCACGUGGAUAAUAACGUGUUUGAUAUGGAAGGUUCGGAUUUUAGCCUCACCUGUAGCCAAGACGACUCGUUGCUAUAUUUAGCCACGGGAAUGUCUAUUUUUCUCCUGUUGGUGCUGUGUAGACCCAGAUCAGAAGAUACCCCGGCCCUCAACAAGACCGAAACAGAUGCGUAUGUUAAGGACAGGCGGCAUCUUGAAAGUUUUCAAUUGUUGCUCAGUUGUGGUUUGAAUGUUAUACAGAAUUCCGAUCAUUCUUCCCAUGGACAUAAUUCGUGAUAACUUCAAACAUUUCUCCUGCAUGACCUCUUUUUUUCUACUGUGAAGUAGCUAGCUAGAUCUUAUUCAAAUCUUUCAAAGAACGAUUUAUUUAACUUAAUGUUUUUUCACAUUGGCAAGUUCACUGACAUUAACUGGUCCAAUGGCCUUUGUACAUGUAACAGUUUAAUAAAAGCACGAAGAAAUGAUUGUGUGACUAAUAGACAGAGCUGAGAGCAAAUAUUUGAAUAAGAUGUUUG